AUGAAUGACGCAUCCACUGUCUCCUCCUCCUCCGGUGUCGAGCGCAAGCCUCAUCGUACAGCAUCAGCAAGAGCUGGUUUGCAGUUCCCUGUCGCACGUCUACAACGUUAUUUGAAGAAAGGCCGUUACGCUGCUCGUGUGGGUGCUGGUUCUGGUGUUUAUCUUGCUGCCGUUCUCGAAUACCUUUGCGCUGAAAUCCUUGAACUCGCUGGCAAUGCAGCACGCGAUAACAAGAAACAACGCAUCAAUCCUCGUCACUUGCAGCUGGCUAUUCGCAAUGAUGAAGAACUCAACAAGAUGCUUGCUCAUGUCACUAUUUCCCAAGGUGGUGUGAUGCCCAACAUCCAUGCAGCUUUGCUUCCUACGAAAUCAAAGAAGGGGGUCCGCAGCAUCCCAUCACAAGAACUCUGA